AUGGAUUGCUGCAACAUGCUGAGUUGGAACGUUAGGGGGAUUAAUAAAAAGAAUAAGCAGUGGGCAGUAUUGGAUGUCUGCAUGAUGAAUAAAAUUGGUAUUGGGGCAUUGCUUGAAACAAAAAUCAAAGGGGAUAGAAUAAAGGAUGUAAUGAAUUCAAAUUUUACUAGUUGGAAGUUCUAUAGCAGUUCUGUUUUGGAGAGUCGAAUUUUGCUAAUAUGGAAAGCUCAUUUGGUGAUGAUUGAUAUCCUUAAGGAGAGUGAUCAACUUUUACACAGUAGAGUUUGUUUGCUUGGCAGGAACCUUGAUUAUUGUCUCUCUAUUGUCUAUGAUGAUAGACUUGGUGGAAGACCUAUUUCUGUGAAGGAAAUGGAGGAUGCUCGUCAGUGGCUAGCUUUAGGGGAGGCUGUUGAAAUGAAGACCUUGGGGCCAGCUUACACUUGGUCUAAUAAACAAGAUGGGGGAGCUCAUCACUAUUUUCUUCUUAUCAAACAGGUGGACUUUAGAAGGUCGGGAGUGAAGCCUUUUCAGUUUUCUAAUAUGUGGGCUUCUCAUGCUAAGUUCAGGGAGACUGUUCUUACUAUCCCUUUAGAGGGCCAAGGGUUAGUUAAACUUGUUGGGAAACUCACAAGACUUAAACAUGUUUUGAAGAAAUUUAAUUGGAAGUCUAUGGGAGAUGUUGUUUAUAACUAUGAGGAAAGUAAAACCAAAUUUCAGCAGGCCCAAGCUGCUCUUUACUCAGAUCCUUUAAAUACCUCCUUACUGUCUAAAGAAAGAGAAGCUCAGUUGGAUUACAGUAGGCAUGAGAAGAUUUAUGCUAGUUUUAUUCGCCAAAAAAGUAAGAUCACUUGGCUCCAUUUUGGUGAUGAAAAUUCCUCAUUUUUUCAUGCUAGCUUGAAACAGAGAUAG